GUCGUUGACGGAAGAUGGAUGAGGACGGGUAGAUAAUUAGAUGGAAGAACUCGGUCAGUCGGUUGGUUCCAGCGGGGGUUGUUGGCUGAGUGGUAUCAGCGCCUCCCGCAGGCCGCUUGGAACCUAACAGAGUCGGUCACCAGAGAUCCCCAACACGGCGUCAGAGACCGGAACAAGAACAAGCUCCUUUCUCCUAAAACAGCGAGCGUGUCUCAGAAUUCCUGGUUCGAGGCUGACUCGCCCCUUAUCAACCCGGCAGUCUUCACUAGGCACCCGCCAAACGAGCAGUGAGCGCAUUAACGCCCCAGUUAUCAUCACGGUAUACAGCACACUCUCCUAAGCAUGCGUGCCUCUUCCAUUGACGGCCCUUCAAUCCGUUUGCGAGGGCAGUGGGAUACCGCCACAAACCAUGGCACUCCCUGCGACAUCCUCGUAGCCGGGAAAUACGAUGAGUGGAACAAGUAUCCAGGUUAGUUCCCAGAAUUCCUACACACGAAAUGAGGAAGACCAGGAAUGUGUCGCUGCGCAUCUGUCGAAACAACAUGCCCAAAGGGUUGCUGCGCGACUCGCGAGCUCGGGCGGUCUUAUUUACCUUGAAGGACAACCUACGAUCAAUUGGGAGGACUCCGACCAGCCGCGUGCCUUCAGGCAAAGGCGUUACUUCUUCUAUCUCAGUGGAGUGGACGAGUUGGACUGCUACCUUACUUACGAUAUCGAAGCCGCUCUGCUGACACUAUAUAUUCCGGAUUUUGACUUGCGACGUGCCGUAUGGAUGGGCCCGACUCUUACGUUGGAGGAAGCUCGAGCGAGGUACGAUGUUGAUCGAGUACGGUACUUCUCCAGCAUGCAAAGCGACAUUGAACAUUGGGCGAGCAAGAACAACAAAAAGAAUCCUGUUUUCAUCCUCCAUGACUCCCAGAAACCGCAUGUUUCGUCUACGAGCCUCAAUUUGGACUCUGAACGACUCAUGUCUGCUGCAAACGCUGCCCGGGAAAUCAAGGACGAGCAUGAGAUUCAACUCAUACGUCGCGCCAAUGAAAUCUCCGCCUUGGCUCAUAGGGCGAUCCUGGAGAAUAUACACAGGAUGUCCAACGAGACGGAGAUUGAGGCAUUGUUCUUGGAUACCUGCGUUAGUCAAGGGGCAAAGAACCAAUCCUAUAGCAUCAUUGCCGGUUCUGGUGAAAAUGCAGCAGUGCUUCACUAUGUCAAGAACGAUGAGCCCCUCAAGGGCCGACAACUAGUCUGUCUGGAUGCUGGCGCUGAGUGGAACUGCUACGCGAGCGACGUGACCCGUACAUUCCCGCUGACAGCAGAGUGGCCCAGCGCGGAAGCCCGGAACAUCUACCACCUUGUGCAGGAAAUGCAAGAGGAGUGCAUCAAGACCAUCAAAGAAGGUGUCCGGAUGCUGGAUUUGCAGAGGGUUGCGGAAGAACUGGCAGUCCGGGGAUUGAAGGAACUGGGCAUUCUCAAGGACGGAGAUGUGGCCGAGCUCCUCGAGUCUGGGGUGUCGAAAGUGUUCUUCCCACAUGGACUUGGGCAUCACGUUGGCCUCGAAGUCCACGAUGUCUCAGCCGCCUUGGCCCGGAGCGAGAGCAGCGGAGACGUCAUACAUGGCCCAAUGCUGCCAGCCACAAGUCAUGCCCCUUGUACAGCCACCGCGCCCGCUCUGGAGGAGGGGAUGGUGGUGACCAUUGAACCCGGCAUUUACUUUUCGCGCUACGCGCUGGCCAAUGCAAAGAAGACACAGCCGUUGGCCAAAUACAUUGACUUUGAUGUUGUGGAGAGAUAUCUUCCCGUUGGUGGCGUUCGGAUAGAGGACGACAUCCUGGUCAUGAAGCAUGGGCACGAGAACCUGACCACGGCACCGAAGGGAGAGGAGAUGUUGGAGAUCAUCCGUAACGGAAGAAAGUAGUUGAUCAGUAGCAAGAUACCUAGAAAGAGAGAGAGAGAGUGUGUGUGUGUGUAUGUGUGUGUAGAUGAUUAUGGAUCAGUUGAUAAUGGCCAUCCCGUGUUCCGUGGGCAACCCCAGGGCGCACGGCAAUUAAUUGAAGAUUCCUAGAUGGAAGUCGUGCAUAUUUGCUGUGCCGACUGCAGAUCUCGGAAUGUCCCGUAGACGGAAUCAGGCGCAACGUGGAUGCCGAAGGAACAGAGAAAGGAUCAAUCUAUUGCAUUGCAUGAUGCUAUUUAAUGUCCGUCUACUCAUUAAUGUCUACUGUAUUGCCGUGUACAUCUAGAUUAAUAAUUUCCUAGGCCCCCCGUCUGUCCUCAUCCUCCCUGCGAAGUUCAAGGGGCGAAUUGAAUUGCCUAUCGGUCGACCGUCGGAUUCGGACGAGAGUUCUUUCAAGCUGGAUAUCAGUGCGCGUGCAGGGGAGAUACGAAGAAGGCUCGAUUGGUGUAAUUGGCAUUACUAGUUAGGGAAAUAUAAUGAGCGACUGGAGAUAACGGUGGCUGUUGCAGCAACCGUGCGCAGGAGUUUGCGAGUCGCCCAAAGCGUCGAGUAGGACAGCAGCCAAGCAGUGUAACGUCGUUGUGUACACUGUAAAGUACGGAGGUCAGACUACACUAUACGUACAGCUGUGGUUCACGACUCGACGUGUAUUCACCAGAAUAGACUGUACUACGGUACACCACUUGUACAGUGAACACUGGAUCAAAUUACUAUUCUUCCUAAAGUUCCGACUUCUCCACGCCAUUCGAAACACCACCGAAAGUACACGGACAUUAUUCCCACCUCCAGGCCAUGACGAUUCUGCAGGAAUGGCUGUCACACCACUCGGGCCGCGUUUCGCGCAAGUCGUUUCCAGAUCAAGCAGCAAUCAUAAAGCAUCUAUGCAGCAGAUAUGCGAGUCAGAGGGGCUGCGGGUAAAUUGGGCGCUAAACACGGCUUUCUUGAAAAAGAAAAAAAAAAAAAAAAAGAAAAGAAACUUCCAAGCUGUGCUGUUCGCCUCCCAAUGGCAAGAUA